AUUAACAACACUAUUACUUAUAAAAGAAAUCUACUACUUGUGCAUUUAACCGUAUAAAGUAUAUUAUUAUCAAACAUGUAUAGAAAACAAAGUAAUUAUUAUAAUAGUUAAACAAAUCUAAAAUAAUAUAAAUUUAAUCUCUCAAAAAAUGAAAUGAAAAUGUAUCUAUUUGAAGAAUAUGCGUGCGAUUGAUUAAGAAAAUUUUUAAUGGUUACACUGACAGGACCUAACUUGACAAGACCUAACUUGAUGGUAGUGAGGAUGGAAGCUCAUGAAAAUGAACAAUAUGUUAACUUUCCACUAUCUGGAGUGCAUGAUAAUAUUCAAGAAAAUAUAAUAUCUCACGAAGAGAUAUGUGAACCUGUUGAUGAUUGCGUACUCCAAGAUAAUUUAACAGAGGGUCCUGUUAAUGAUGUUAAUACUGAUAUACAAGAAGGACAUGUCGCUGUGGAAAUCUUACCAGAGAGAUCAGACGAAGAGGAUGAAAACCGUAGCGUUUAUCCAAUAUAUAUCAAACAAGAGGAACAACAACAAUAUACUUCUGGUGAUGAUGAAUCAAUGGCUGUGGAAGCGCUUCGUCAAUUGGGUGGAAUGUAUCCAUAUUUUGAAAAUAAAAAAGUCACUUGUCCCAAUUGCGCCAAUCUGUUUAUGCAAAGUGAAUUUGCUAAACAUCAGUCUACGUGUAAUGUCAGUAAGUUAUCAUGUACAACUUGUGGAGAAACAUUUGAAAGAAAAAUGGAUUUAAAUAAUCAUAUGGUUUGUCAUCAAGUAGAUCGACCACAUGCAUGUAGAACAUGCGGUAAUUUGUUUCGUUCCAAAAGCAAUCUUCAAUCGCAUAUGUUACAAGUUCAUCAAAUUGAAAGACCACAUAAAUGUACUAUUUGUGGUGCUGAUUUUCAAAGACCUUCUAGCUUAUCUAAUCAUAUGAAAAUACAUACUUAUGUAGCUGGCCGUGCUAUAAUGCAAUCGAGAGGUAAUAACAUACAACAGUCAGUGGAGACAACUAGAAAGUGGUCGGAAAAUAAUACGUCUGAAUCACAAGCUGUCCCUGUACCAUCCUCUACCGUUCAAAUUGUUCAAAAUUAUAAUACCUGUCAAGUUCAUUGGACUGUUCCUUCCUUUACUUUUCAAAACGAACAAUCUAACGUUGCUACAAUUUCUAAUCAUGAUGAAAAAAUGGAUACAUUGCACGAGUUUAAUGUAUUACCUAAUGGUGAAGUAACACAAUUCGAAUAUAAUCAGCCAAAUAAUAUAAAUAAUCAAAUCAAUCAGCAAUAUAAUUUAGCUCCCAAUGCAUUCAAUAAUUCGGAUGGUAUGAUCAAAGUUGAGGCACUUACGUAUAACAAUGAAAGUAGAAGAAAUUACGUAGAUAUGGGAACAGAUGUUAACAAACAACACACAUGUAGUCAUUGCGGUAUUAGUUUUUCAAAAGCAGUGGCAUUGGCAUCUCAUGAAAAGGUUCAUACAUCUAAAAACUGGAUGCCUAUUGAAUGUGAAUAUUGCGAUAAACAAUUUCAAGAUGCAAGUCAUUUGGCAACUCAUCAAACUACUUGCACCAAAAAAAUGAUGCAAAAUAAUAUAGAUCAAGGUGUAUCAAAUAGCAAAUGGGGGAAACAUGCUUGCUCGGAAUGUGGGAAGAAAUUUACAACCAAGCAGAAAAUGUUUAGACAUCAAUGGAUACAUAGAAAGAAAACACAUUGUUGCGAAGUUUGUGGAACACAGUUUGAAAAACAAAAUCAAUUAGAUAAGCAUAGAUUAUCUGCUCAUCCUGGUGACUCGCCAUUCACUUGUACAGAAUGUGGAAAAAGUUUUGUAUCACGUCAAGGUCUUUGGGAGCAUGGCAGAACUCAUGCUGGAAGUCCAGCGUAUUUUCAUUGCAAUACCUGUUCAAAAACUUUCUCCUCUCGUCAAGGAUAUUUAAUUCAUAAUCGUACUCAUACCGGCGAAAGACCAUAUGGUUGUAAAUUUUGUUGGAAAGCAUUUAGAGAUGGUGGUACAUUAAGAAAACACGAACGAAUUCACACAGGAGAAAGGCCACAUGUAUGUCCUUUAUGUUCAAGAGCUUUUAAUCAGAAAGUAGUUCUUCGUGAACAUGUUAGAUGGGUACAUGCUGCAGGAAAAAAUGAAACCGAAGUUACAGGACCGCCUUAUCCAUGUCCUUUGUGCGGUGCUUUGAAUCAAGAUCGUGAUGAAUUGUGCGCACACAUUGUUAAACACUCUGAUCAAAUGAUAGCCGAAGCUAAAGCAAAAACAAAUAAUAAUGCUCCUAAAUCACGACCUACGAGAAAAAAAUCUAAAGCAUCUUUAGUAGAAGGUGCACAAAAGAAACAAAAUAUAGAUGAUCAUGAAAUUUCAAGAUUAGAACAAAAUAAAGCUUUACUGUCUAUUACUGAAGCAAUGGAUAAAUCAGAUUGUCAACAAAUUGUAAAUAAUAAACAAAAUAAUACUUAUCUCGUAGUUACUGCAGAAAGGCAUAGUGAAAACUUAAUUACGAUAUCUGAACUUAAACAUGAUAAUGUAAGAUUAAUAUUAGACAACAAACAAAAUGAAAAUGUUCAUAUUACACAAAAUGAUCAAGAACCUGCUGAUUCUUAUUUAAUAACUAUGGAAAAACAAAAUGACACUGCGCAUAUUUUACAAGAUAAUGAUGCUAUUCAUACGAUAACUACAAAUAGAAGCGAUGAAGUUGAUACAAUGCAUUUAAUACAAUCCUCCAAACAAAGUAAUACCUUACAUUUAUUAUCAAAGCCGAACCAAUCACUUCCUGUUUUGACAAUAACUAAUAAUCCUGAAGAUCAUGAAAAUUAUUCUAGUCAAAUUGCACAGAUGGGUAAUACCAAUCUACCAAUAGAUAUGGCUACGCAUGAUACAUCUAGACAAGAUCAGACAUUAAAAAAUCAUAAUCGCAAUAGACAGGAAUCGUUACUACACGAAGGAGUUUCUCAAGGAACAGUUAUAGAAAUUGUUAAUUAUCAACAAGAUAGUGAUGAUGGAGAAGAAUUAGUUUGUGGUAUAUGCGGGGAAGAUUUUACUGAUAAAAACAUAUUAAUGGAACACGUUAAAACUCAUAUGUAAUUUCCAAAUAUUUUUAUUUUACAAAAGAAGAAACUUACAAAAAAUCGGAUUUUUUAAAUUAUA